GGGAUUUCAAUUUUCGAUAAAUAAAUACUUUUGUCUUCACAUUCCUUUGCUGAAAACAGUGAAAAACGAAGUCAUGAAAGUUUAGGAAUUUUUUUUCAGGUCACUUUCUUCUUCAAUCAAAGAGGGCUUCCUUUUUUUUACCCACCAAUGGAUCCCAAGGACUCCAAGCAGCCUCCUCCACAUCAAUUACCCAACUUCUUGAGCCUACCAUCACAACAGCAGCUUCAAAACACAGGCGAGAACAAAUCAGCUGAAACAAAGGAUGCCCUUACAGUUGUUGCAGAUAAAGAAGGAAAUAAUCAAUUUUUGGUCCCAAAGAGAAGUUCCAACAAAGACAGGCAUAAAAAAGUUGAUGGAAGAGGUAGAAGGAUAAGGAUGCCUGCUCUAUGUGCAGCUAGGAUCUUUCAGUUGACUCGAGAAUUGGGCCACAAAUCCGACGGGGAAACGAUUCAGUGGCUGUUACAACAAGCUGAACCGUCGAUAAUAGCCGCCACGGGAACCGGAACGAUACCGGCAUCGGCUUUGGCAGCUGCUGGAGGCUCCGUUUCAGCGCAAGGAGCUUCUCUGUCUAUGGGGUUGCACCAAAAGAUGGAAGAUUUACAUGGGUCCAGUGUGGGGUCAGGGAGCAGUAGGAUCAAUUGGGGGGUUGUUGGUGGUAAUUUGGGGAGACCCCAUCAUGUGGCAGCAUCAGGGUCAUGGCCCCCAGUCAGUGGCUAUGGGUUGCAGUCAUCAUCCACAACAAAUUUAGCCACUGAAAGUUCUAAUUAUAUGCAGAAAAUUGGGUUUCCUGGCUUUGACUUGACAGGCAGUAAUAUGGGUCCGGUGAGUUUCAGCUCAAUGCUCGGUGCGGCUAACCAGCAGCUCCCUGGUUUGGAACUUGGGUUAUCUCAAGACGGUCAGUUUGGGGUUUUGAAUCCUCAAGCCUUGAGCCAGAUGUAUCAGCAGAUGGGGCAGGCUAGGGUGCACCAUCAGAACCAGCAGCAGCUGGAGGAGGAGCAACAACCGCCUGCUAAAGAUGAUUCACAAGGAUCAGAACUCUAUGGUUGACUGGAUGGAUAUAUUGCCCCCCCCCCCUUUCUUUCUGCAUUGCAUCACCCAAAUUUCCAUUACAGAGGUGGAGCUUUGCACAGCCUAAUAGCAUGGUUUUGGGCUUAUCUUCUGGUUUGAUUCAGAGGUGUUUUGAAUAUAAUACAAGGGACAUUUAAUUGUUUUCUUCUUCUUUAGUUCUGUAUGGAGUUGGAAUCAGUUUGCUUGUGAAAUUAAAAAUAGAAAUUUGCAGUCAUACAUGUCCAGUUUCUUCUUAGAUAAAGUAGGAACUUUUAUUUCCCUAAAA